AUGACGUGCUCGCCGGGUCGGUCCCCUCUGCCUGUGGCCCCAUCCGUCCUGCUCUGCUCUGUCAUGACCAGGUGCCACCGCCGCCUCACCAUCUCCUCACGUCUUCUGCUGUUUACGCUCCUCUCCGUGUACCCCCAACUGUCCCUUGCCGCCGUCCUCCCCCCCUCCGGCUCCAGCCCCCCUGCCGCCCGUCAUGACUCUAUCCGUCCACAGGGGGCAGUGGCUGCUGCGGUAGCGCUGGUGUCCAGAGUCGACCACGGCUCUGCCCGCACACACCGCAGGGAGGACCCUGCGCGCAUCGUCCCGGACACCUCUGAGGAGAGAGCACUGCCCUCCUCCCCUGCGGACGCCAGCAGCGCGGCCUGGGCACUGGCCGUUGCCCUGGUGGACUCCAUGGACCAGCCCAGGAAGGAGGUGGUGGAGGAAGUGGGCCACAUCGACACCAUCGCUGGCAAUAGCAAGCCGCUACUGCAGCGCGAGACGCGAGGCUACUUCCAGAACAUCGACCUGGGUCUCCAGGACAACGAGAUUCUUCCGCCGCUCAAGGGCUACAAGGCAUACAACCAGCAGCUGGCCCAGGCCACCAAGAAGAUCAAGUGGCACGAGGCGGCCAGUAAGUCGCCCUCCGCCACCGGCCGCAACUUCAUGGACGACUUUGACGUGCCCGGGCAGGAGGAGAUGGAGGAGGAGGAGGCGCGGAUGCUGAGCAGGCAGGGCGCCGAGGAGGCGAGAGCUCGGGCGGAGUUGGAGGAGAUGAGGCGACAGCAGGCCGAAGCCGAGGCGGCCCGCGAGGAGGAGCAGCGUUUGGCGGGCAUCGCGUCGGACAUGCUCAUACAGUACAUGGACCGCAAGACAGCGAACAAACAGCAGCAGACGUCCUACAUGAAGCAGCGGCAGAAGGCCAGCGUGCUGGGCGGGCUGGAAGACAAGCGCUCCAAUGAGGUGGAGAACGACAGCGAUGACAUCUUCGGGGACUUGGACAUGGACAUGGACGGCGGUGACGUGGAGCUGGAGACCAUCGACAGGCUCAUCGAGAUCUCCAGCAAGCUGCACCUGCCGGCCGACGAUGUGGUGGAGAUCAUCAGUAACGUGGAGGAGAAGAAGAGGAGGAAGAUGGACGCCGCGGUGCAGGUGCCGCCGGCCGUCAGUGCUCCGCGCUACCGGCCCCUGGUGGCGCCCGCCCGGCCGCAGAGCAGCUCUCCCGUGCUCUACAAGUACGCUCCGGCAGCCCCCUCGCCGGCCCUCGCUGGCCCGCUGUUCGCCCCCGCACCCCCGCCGAAAAAACUCUCCAAGCCCAUGAAGAGCGCCAAGCCCUACAAGAACAAGUGGUACAAGGAGAAGGGCAAGUCCAGAGCCUUCAAGCAGGACUAUUGGUUCAAGCCCGCCAAGCAGUUCAUGGCCUACCCGUCCUACCCGUACUACCAAAAGCCAUAUCGCGCCUACUACCCGGUGUACUUCCCCCCUCCCAAACCCCGUCUGUACAGCAAGCCGCCGUUUGCGUACGACUAUGACUUUGAGGACUCCAUGGACUACGGCAUGAAGCCUCCCAAGCGGAGGAACAUGGGCAAGAUGAAGGGGGCCAAGGGGAAAGGGAAAGGGGGGCAGAGCUGGAAGAUGAUGUCUCUGGCACCCCCCGCACCCCCUUACAUUCCCAACUAUAUCCUGCCCCACCCGCGGACCUACUACCCCUUGCCCCCCGUGCCAAAGCCCCCCCAGCAGAACCCCCUGGCCAACCGGAGACCCUCCUUGGCCAGCUCGCGCUUCUACCCCCAAGACUAUGACAACGACGGAGUGGGGGAAACACAGGACAGUGACGAAGAGCUGGAGAACUUUAUUGAAAAGAUGUACUUUCACCGCCGAAUCUUUUAA